UACGAAACGCAUCACUUCAUUUAUUCUUAAUAUUUGUUGGGCUUUUUUGGUUAAGCUUAUAUAAUUAGUGUUUUUGGGCUGAUAAAUUUGUAUGGUUAAGUUGGCCCGAUGGCCCAUGAACAGAAACCUAAAUCUGAUGAAGCAAAAAGUCUGUGUGACGAUUCCAUUAGAGAGACUGAGAUGCAGAAGUCUGUGUGCCGAUUCCAUUGGUUGGGUUUCGAUCAGUCCUUUCGACUUCUGUCCAUCCAUCGAAACGAGAUAGCUUCUGGAUCCAUCGCAGUAAACAAGAUACUACGUUUCUCAAAACAAUGGAAUUCAACAUCAACAAAACUGUCACAGCAUGGGAAGAAAUGUUUAAUUGAAGAAUGAAUUUGGAACAGAUCGCAUUAUAAAGAUUUCAGGUUCAAAGAGUUGGUCAACAUCAUAAUGCACUAUCCUCAAGGGAAUCAUGGAAUUUAUAAAGAUGGAAGGCCUAUUUAUAUCAAGAGCCUAGGACAAGUCAUCCCGGUCGAUGUCCACACAUCAAAAGUGUCAAGGUUAGAUAUGUGGUUCCGAGUGGAGCUUUGGUUGGUAUCUACGAGGACCUUGAGCUCAGGGAUGGGGGAUCAAACUACCUUGGGAAGUGUGUCUCUAAAGUGAGAAACUACAUUGUCUGUGAGAGAAGUAUUAUCCGAUUUGUUUCCUUUUUUUUUGUUGAUGUCGGCUGUUGGCAAUGUGAACUCGAUCAUUGGCCCAGCGUUAAUCUUUCCUUGAUUUAUGUUUAGUGCUACAAAUUUGUUUCUAAAGCUGUUUUUUCACAUUCAUGUGUUUUUUUGUUUUUGCAGGAUCCAAGAUCAAACUCAGCAGACUGAUAUUGACAACUUCGUGGUCUCUGGAGUGAUGGAACCCAAAACGAUCCGGGUUGGUGAAAUCAAAAGCUUGUAGCCAAUUGUAUCCUUGCUGUGUGCAAAGCUGGGGUCAUUGACUCAUUGUUUAUGGCAUUCUCUCUACAAAGCGAAGGUAGGAGAGCAAAAGGUAAAAAUAAAUUACAUGAUAGGGUAAUGUUCGGCACCAACAAAGAUGAGGGAAAAAGACAAACAAUAAAAAGAAUUAAUGAUUACAUUUUUUACGUUUUUUAUGGUAAGAUAAUUUUGUAAAUUUUAACAAAAAAAGAAAAUAGUAGAGUUGGUAUAACUAUAGUUAAAUUUCUGAUUUGUAAAUUUCUAUCUUUUGGCUUAUUGCAACAGUCAUUGUACUCUAAGGGAUGUGGUACAAUAGCAUGUUUAUACGUGUCUAUAUUCUGAGUCAUGAAAGCUUUGUAAACUACUUACUUGGCUCUACUUAAGAGCCAAAACCAAUGUCUGCUGACUCUUUCGAGGAUUACAAUCAAGAAGAAAAAUAAAGAUUAUGCAACAAUUACUUUUACGUGGCUCUCUCCGAGAAGUAACAGCAGAGGAAAGUGUCAAUGAGAAGAGAAAUACAAACAACAUGGAUGCAUUGAUGGUUCCAUAGAUUAUAUGAUUCUCUAUAUCUAUGUAAACUAAUUGGCCAUCCGAACAAUUUAACUAAGUUUUACUAAGAAAAUUUUAUAUGCUUUGUAAAGUUCUUUAUGAACUUAACCAAAAAAUAUAUUGGUUUAAAUUCCAUUAACGUAAAGAUACAUUUUCUUUUCUAGUCUACAUAUUAUGAUUUUAAAGUAGCUAUUGGUUUGAAUCUAUUUUAUUAACUUAAUUUCAUAGUAAUAUAAUUUUUAAAACUUCUAAAUGAAUGAGUGUUACUUAAUCCGAGAAUGUAGUACGACCUUGGCUGGUUUAUUUGAUAAAAGUUGGGAUGAUAUGGUUUAUUUGAUAAAAGUUUUAAUAGAAUGCGUGUAUACUUAAAUAAUCAAUUUCAGAUUGUUAUGUUAUUUAACUAACUUUAGAAAACAAAUUGUAAUAUUGGUUUCGUACUGAAAGUUUUUGGGGGGGUUUUUUCGUAGUUUGAGGUUGUUUCGCCCUAGAGAGAAACUCUCUCAGACCCGCAUCCCAAGGCGCCUCCGAUGGAUCUCCCCUGCUUCAGCCACGCUGCUCCUUCCUCCUCCCUCUGAAGCAGCCAUGUUCCUCUCCAUGGCUAUGAUGGUCACUACUCCUCCGUCAUGUAUCCGGCCCCCUCCAGAUCCGCAGCCGUCGUCGUGUUUGAACGUCCCGCUUGAAGGUCUCUCUCCCGUCAUCCCUCCGGAACCACCAGACCCUCCAGACGUUACUCUUCUCCCGAUGUUACUCUCCUCACACCGCUCCUCCGCUCACCAUGUUCCCUUCCGGGCCGGAUUUCACCACGCCGUCGCCGUUUCCUCUACACUUGCUCUCGUCCCUGUUGUGUCUCCUCUUGGUGUUAGAAACGCCGGAGCUUCUCAGCUCGAGGGAGGCCUCACCGGAUCUGGUCGUUCUCACCUCUUCGAUUAUAUGCAUUGCCAGCCAGAUCUAAUACCUGCUACGCCACCGCCUCCUGGACGAGUCACUACCGGACGUGAGACUAGCUCUCCGCUCCGUAGUCGCGCCUCUCCUAUGCAAUCACCACAAGAAGCUCGCCCAUCUGAAAAUCCCGACUCUAGCUCGUUCAUUCAAAGCUUGUUUGAGUCCGACGACUGGCAAUUUGGCGUUUGUUCGGCCAAACCUUCAUGGUUCCUUCACGGUAAUGCUGGAACUAGAAGCUCUUGUCUUGACUCAUUGCUCAUCGUUGCUUUAGAAGUUCUCGUCAAGCCUCAUUAUAUUUUCAAUGUCGUGAAUAUAGUCAUCUACUCAUUACUGGAUUCACAUAGUCCAUCUAUUCUAGUCAAUGCCAAAUCAAGUCAGUUAGGACUUUGUUUUCUAUACGGUCAUGGAGCUUCUCACCAAAAGCUCUUGUCGGUCAUCAUUCCAACCGUUGCUUACAGGUGUAUCAACGUCAUUUUCGACUAUCAGUUCGCUUUAGAGAAAAAGAUGAAGUUUCUCCAUGGGACUCUUUAUACCGCUGAGCUUGACUCGCCCCUUGAAAGCUCUAUCUUUCAAUGUUUUGUAAUGCUUUUUAUUAUCAUCCCGCCGUCGAGCAUGGCUCCGGGAUCUUCUACUUUGAUUGUAAACUCUGUUGCUCUCUGAGCUUUUAUAAUAUAAGUUGUGACAAAAAAAAAAAACAAAUUGUAAAUUGAUUCAUUUUUCACAUUAUCAAUCAAUAGGUUUAAAAAUGUAUAAGAAAGUACCAACACAUUCACAAACAAAUAUAUAAGAAUGAAAAAUAAUUCAUAAUUUAUGUAUUAAAUUUCAACUGUAGUGACAUGCAUUUUUAUUUUACUUAAUUUUAUAAUAAAAAUAUAACAAACACUAAAAAUUUAAAAUAAUUGCAUUAAUGAAAAAUGAAAGCUUUUUAUUAAUUUAUCAAACCUUUGAUUUCUAAUAAGAACAACAGAAACAAUAGUAAAAAAACUGCAUAUUUUUACACAUAUAUGAAAAUACAAUAUAUCUUAUCUUUUAAUUGAUCUUCACUUGCUUAACAAAGAUUAAUAUAGACAAAGAUAAGUUAAUAAUAACAUCAAUUACAAUAAUUGAUGUUAAAACAAAUAUUUUGUAUCAUUUGUUAAUAAUUAUCUCAAAUUAAUAACAUUUGUUUUUCUGAUAUUAUUUAUGUGAUGUAAUAUAUAUGAUCUUUUUUGGUAGUGUAUCAUAUACAUCUCUUGCAAAUGCAAACCUAAAACAGAAACCACAAAAUCAUACAAAAAAUAAUAAUCUAAAUCGCAAGUAAAGUAUAUCUUGCCCGUAGGACGGGCUGACCCUACUUAUCAAUACAAUAAUUUUAACCAUGACUCAUUGGAAAAAAAUCAUUAGAAUAGGAAGAGAAACCUUAUAAUAACUAAUUAAUCAUGUGUAUAAUUUGGUCUUGAGUUAUUAUAAAAUUAAAUGGGAGUCUUUCGUCUAAUGCGCUACCUUAUAAUAAUUCAUCUCGAGAUCACAAUUUCUUCUUUUUAUGUGUGAAAAAGUUGAUCGUGAACCCACGAUACUACACGGUCACAUGUCUUAUAACUAUGGAUUAAAUUUAACAUUCAUUGAUUGUAUAACUAUGCAUAGUAGUAGUAUAAAUACCCCCUACUUGCCUCAGUAAGAAACCAUCAAAAUCAGAGCAAAAUGAAGACUUUACUACUUCUCUUACUCAACUUCUUGUUUCUUUUAUCAUUUUCUUCAGCCGAGCAAUGUGGUCGACAAGCGGGAGGUGCCCUCUGCCCCAACAAUCUAUGCUGCAGCGAGUACGGAUGGUGCGGUUCCACCGAAGCUUACUGUGCGCUGCCUGGCUGCCAGAGCCAGUGCACUCCCAGUGGUCCUCCUCCUCCCCCUCCACCUCCUCCUGGUCCUCCUCCUCCUGAUCCCACCGGCGGUCUUACUGAUAUCAUAACAACAUCUCAGUUCGAUGACAUGCUUAAACAUAGGAACGAUGCCGCUUGUCCCGCUAGAGGUUUCUACACUUAUGAUGCCUUUAUCACCGCCGCUAAAUAUUUCCCCAGCUUCUGCAACAAUGGAGACACUGCCGCAAGGAAGAAAGAGCUCUCUGCCUUCUUUGGUCAGACUUCCCACGAAACCACCGGUGGGUGGCCAACAGCACCAGACGGACCAUAUGCAUGGGGAUACUGUUUCAAGGAAGAGGUGAGUCCUUCUUCAGACUACUGUUCACCGAGCGGAACGUGGCCAUGCGCACCUGGCAAACGUUACUACGGAAGAGGGCCGAUGCAGCUGUCGUGGAACUACAACUACGGACAGUGUGGAGCAGCCAUUGGAGAAGACUUACUCAACAACCCUGACCUUGUCUCCAACGAUCCAGUGAUCUCUUUCAAAACCGCGAUUUGGUUCUGGAUGACUCCUCAGUCUCCAAAACCUUCGUGCCAUGCCGUGAUCAACUGCCAGUGGCAGCCUUCACCCGCAGACAUUGCGGCCGGGAGAGUACCGGGUUACGGUGUGACAACGGAUAUCAUUAACGGUGGAUUAGAGUGUGGACAUGGCCCAGACCCAAGGGUCAUUGAUAGGAUUGGGUUUUAUCAGAGGUACUGUGGCAUCUUCGGUGUGAAUACUGGAGAUAACCUUGACUGUUUCAACCAAAGGCCCUUUGCUUCUUUUAAAUCUUUCCUCGACGCUGCUAUGUAAUAGCAGCAGGUAACCUUGAUUGUUACAAUCAAAGGUCCUUUGCUUCUGUUAACUCCUUCCUCGACGCUGCUAUGCAAUAGCAGCAGCUUUGUAUGUGAAAACAAUAAGGGAAUACCCAACUAAAUAAAACGGAGGAGUAAUAUUUGCGAUGUUUGCUAUCAGGGACGUUUGGGUUCGGUUCGGAUAUAUUCGGAUUUCGGGUUUUCAGGUUUUCGGGUUUAAAGAUUUCAGUCCUAUUCGGGUAUUUCUAAAUUUUGGUUCGGGUUCGGGUUCGGUUCGG